AUGUUAUACACAUACAACAGUCAUCAUUCCUCGUCGUCUACAUCAUUAAUAUCUCAAGAUCAAAGACAACAUUCGUCACGUUCCAAUCAGCAAUUACAUCGUUAUAGUCAUGAUCCAGUCUCAUCUAAUCUUCUCCAUCGUGACAUUCCACCUAUACUCAUUCUACUAUUUUUCUUAUUUCUUAUCAUUAUAACCUUAUCUCAAAUCCUUGUUGUGCAUACAUCUCGUUAUGGAGCGAAUUUUUCCUCGAUGCAAAAGAUUCAAGAAGAACUCAAACAAAUGGAUGAGAGUAUGGAAGCAAUGCUACGUGAUAAUGUUUUGCCGAUAGAACAGUGGCGUUUGUUAUUUCGAAUUCAAACAUAUAUAUCUCGUUUUGAAGAUUUGUUUGGUUUGUGGGAUAGUUCAACAACAGCUCAUGCAAAGUCGAUGUCAAAUAAAACGAAGAUUUCAACCAAAGAAUAUCAACGGUUGCAGUGGAAAUACGCAAAAACGAGAAAUAGCCAACUACGACAGAAUGCGAAACAACGAAACCGAAACUAUUGUUCAGAAGAGCCACGGCAUCUACACGGAAGAUUUCUCAAUGAAAAUUCAACAUUUCCGAAUGUGUCUUUGCAUGAAAUCGAAACAAAUUAUUCCAAUGUCAGAUCGGGUGGCCAGUGGUCACCUUCACAUUGUCUCGCACGUUAUAGGAUUUUGAUGAAUUUUGAGUAA